UGGCUCGAGCAGACAGCAGCAGACAGCUCACAAGAGAGAAGCUUAGUGGUGGUGUGUGCUUGAUGUGUGUCUGUGGUUUGUUUCACUGAUUGCUGUAGUUUUUUUUCUUCUUUUAUCAUUGUGUAUUGUUUGGUGUUUAUUGUGUUGUGUCUGUCGAAUUGACGAACACGUUGAAAAAGGAGCAAUCAGACGACAAACAAGUUCAAACUCGAAAUUGAAAAGAAGAAUGUCUCCUCGGUGUGAACGUUGAAAACACAAAACAAAACAAAAGCCAAUGAGCGUCGGUGUGUGUUCUUUGUCAAUCCGUUGACCGCUUCAACAGACACAGAGACCACAGUUGACUUUUUCGGCCCGACACUUGACAGAAAAAAAAGAAAAGUCGACAAAGUGGAAGAAGUUUUGGAUGACGCCAUUGGACUGUUUUGCAGGUAAUGGAAUGGUGACGCGAAUUGGGUGUCGGAAGUGCUGGACUCCGACCGGACAACGGGAACUAACAGAGCCGCUGAUGGAUCGAACGAUGCCGCUCCUCACGCAAUUGAAACGAUAACAAACAAUUUCAAACAAACAAAAAAUAACAGAAACUUAGCGCAAAAAAAACGGGAGAGGGAACAGGUGGUGAUAAUAAGAAGAAACGCAGAAGGAAAAAACGAAAUAAAUAAAAAAAAAAAUUGAAGUAUCAAAACUACUUGAGGAAAAGUUUAGGCGUUUUUUUAGUGCCAGUUCGCGUGUGUGUGCACGUAAGUGUCGUCUCGUCACAAAGUGCGGUGGGGAAUGAAUGACCGGCCGUCGUCGUCAUCACCCGGCGACGCCGGCAUUGCUCCUGCACCUGCUGCCGCCGAAGGAUGGGGUGCGAUGCUGCAAGAUUCGAACGGACCGGCUGGACCGGACACGAUCCAGCAUCACGACCAAUCACCUUUCGUGACCCAUAAUAGUAAUAGGAAUAACGGCAGCAGCCAAUAUCAUCACCACCACCACCAUCACCACCACCACCAAAACAACCUUCUUUAUCACCAUCACCAACAGCCUCCUCACUUUAUGAAAGGCGCAAUGGUGAAUGGAUUGAGCGGUGGGGAUGAGCCGUCCCAACAGCAUUUUCACCACCACCACGAGGCCGAAUCGGAUGCAGAUGAAGAAGUCAGAAGCCUCGACUUGCCCGCUCAAGUUGGCAUCGAUCUGCGGAGUAAGCGGGUCGGUUCGACCGAAGCGCUGGAUAGGGAACGGCCCAUGUCGUGGGAGGGCGAGCUGUCGGACCAAGAGGUCAGCCAAAUGGAUCAGGAACUAGCGGCAGCUUCUUCCACCUGUCCGACGGAAUCGACAUCGCAGGCAACGGGCGGACCUAGCCCACCUCAGCAACCGCCGCCUCCGCUUCCAGCUCAGAGCGUCAUGGCAACGCUCAAGACUGAGCCCAUUCACGAAGAAGAGGCGGAAGAGGAGCUGGACGAGGAUGAGCACGAAAUGGAAGGGAUCCAAUCGGCAGGGCCGGGCAGUCCGCAGCCGAUGUGCACCAACGCUGGAGACGAGACGCUGCGGCCCGAUGGAAAUGUCGGACAACAUCCGCAACAUCACGCCAUGCCUCCGCCGUCGUCGCUGUCGUUUCAUCAUCACCAUGCGCAGCAUCAGCAUCACGCAGCGGCGCCUCCGGCCGAGAUCAAAACGGAACUACCGUGGAAUGCGGAAUGCGGGCCCAAGGCGGAGUCGGUUGCAGGAGUCCGUCCGAGUCCGCCAUUGACGUCAUCGGCCGCCCCGGCGGCAGUGACCAGUAGUUUCAACACGACGACGGCCACGGCUUCCAAUUCCGGAUUCACUCCAUCAGCUGUUCCGAGGCCGACCUUCGGCGAAGCUUUCACCGGUCACACUCCGCUGGCCAGUCCGCUGACGAAUCGCCACCCUAUUCGGCUGCCAUUAUCAGCCGCUUCCGGUCUUCCACAUCCGCCAACGCCUUCGCCAGACUCGGCUAUCCAUUCUGCCUACUACUCACCGACGGCCAGUCCAGGCCAAUCGCGACACCGCUCUGGUAGCGGUUUGAGCUCGCCUUAUUCGCACCGGGCCAGCCCGUCUCUAUCGCGCAAUAAUUCGGACGCUUCGCAAUACUCUGUCCAUUCGCAGUACGGCGGAUCGCAGUACAGUUACAGUUCGGCGCCUUCGCCACUCAGCCCGUCACCUGCUCAAUCGCCCGUUCAGCCCAGGCACAUGGCCAUGUUGUCUGCCGCAGGUUACGGCCUGCCCGGCAGAUCUGGGGGCGGACUGGCCGGCAACGGAGAAUUCCCACCGUCGCCGCUCCUCUACCGACACGGACUUCCAGCCCCGUUUCCUGGUGCCACACCGGCCGGAUCUCUUCCCGGCGUCCGCGAUUUGGAGAUCAAAACGGAACCGGCCGGCGCGGCUGGCCAUCCUCCCGGACUGUCCACUACAGAUACGAACGAUGACAGCCGGGAAGGAUCGGGCGAGGAGAAGAGUUUGAAUCCGUCGGAUUUAGCGCAGCACACGGCGUCACUGGCGGCCCAGGCCGGCAUUUCCCGCCAGCAGCUGAUCAACAGCCCUUGUCCCAUUUGCGGCGACAAGAUUUCCGGCUUCCAUUACGGCAUCUUUUCGUGCGAGAGUUGCAAGGGCUUCUUCAAGCGAACCGUCCAGAAUAAGAAGAACUACGUGUGCCUGAGAGGCGCCGCCUGUCCCGUCACCAUCGCCACACGUAAAAAGUGUCCGGCCUGUCGAUUCGAGAAGUGCCUUAAUACCGGCAUGAAACUGGAAGCCAUCCGCGAGGAUCGAACUCGAGGCGGACGGAGCACUUACCAGUGUACAUAUGCCGUGCCCAGCGGAUCAUCGGGAACGCCGACGGGCGUUGCUGGCGGUGAUUCGUCGGUGGGCGGAUCUUCAUCGAACGGCGGUGGCAAAUUGUUGCUGACGCCCAACGGAGAUAGCAGCAGUUCCAGGUCGAUGGAUUCAUCCGAAUGGAGCUCGUCGCCUCCGUCGGCCACGCCAGGUGGCGGUCACCACCAUCACAACCACCACGGCCACCACAAUCCUCAUCUGCUCCAUCAUCAGCAUCCGCACCAUCCGAGCAACACUUCGGCGGCCGUGCCGCAGCUCUUGCUCGAAAUCAUGAACGUGGAACAUUUGUGGCAUUGCAACGAAUCGGACGGCAGUGCUCAGCAGCAUCGCAGCAGCACCGCCAGCUCCUCUUCGUCGUCGUCGAGCAGAGCGACGUCGAAUAAAGCGGGCGCCGAUAGCGGCAGCAAUCACAAUCAUGGAGGCACGGCCGCCGAAGGCGAUUCCGUCUCCAGUUUGUGCAGCAUCGCCGAUCACCGGCUCUACAAGAUCGUCAAAUGGUGCAAGAGUCUUCCGUUGUUUAAAAACAUCCAGAUUGACGAUCAAAUUUCCCUGUUGAUCAACACGUGGUGCGAGCUGUUGCUGUUUGCCUGUUGCUUCCGUUCGGUGGCCACGCCGGGCGAGAUACGUAUUUCGCACGGUAAAUCCAUCACGCUGGAACAGGCUCGCGCGCUUGGCCUCAGCUCGUGCAUCGAGCGUAUGAUCCAUUUCACCGAUCAUUUGCGGCGACUUCGUGUCGAUCAAUUUGAAUACGCUGCCAUGAAGGUCAUCAUCCUAUUGUCUUCCGACACGAGUGGACUGAAAGAAUCAGAGAGCGUGCGUAGCUCGCAGGAAUCAGUGCUCAAAGCCUUGCAGCAAUACACGCUUUCGCACUAUCCAGACGUGCCGUCUAAGUUUGGAGAACUUUUGCUCCGGAUACCCGAACUGGAACGCACCUGUCAGGUUGGCAAAGAUAUGCUGACCGUCAAACGCGAAGGAGACGGCCAAGGAUUCAAUCUGUUGAUGGAACUCCUUCGUGGAGAUCAUUAGCGAUUGUUGACGCACAAGAAUCAUCACGAAAAACAAAAAAAUGUUUUUUUUUUUUUUCUUUCUUUUUGACUUGACAAAAAAUAAUUUCGGAUUUUUUUGGUUUUUUUUUCGCGUGUCGUUCGUACACGAUUUUUGACUGUGAUGGAAGCUUCACGCGGAAAUGGAUUCGCAUUGGCUUUGCAACUUGAUUCUUCGUCACGCAACCGAUUCCUUCCAUUAGAAAAAAGAAAAAGAAAAAUGGUGAAGAAAAAAAAAAAAAGUUUUUGUUUUGGAACAAAAAUGUAAAGAAGAAGAAGAAAAAAAAAAACAAGAGAAAUUGGAAACCAGUAACCCAUUCCACGGAAUUGAACCGAUCCCCAGUGAAAGAAUAAGUAAUGAUAUGUUAAGUAGUGCUGCGUGCUCUAGUGAAGGAAAACCCAUUGCAACAAAGUUGGUUGUCUAUGCAAAAAUAAAACAAAAAACAAACGGAAAAAACUGUGCAAAAGAAAACAAAGAAAAAGGACCGGAAAAGCCACAAGAAAGUAACAGAGAUUAUUCUUAUUCCUCCUCCCUUUUCUUCUUCCUGUUCGGUCGAUGACGGAUCGAAGUGGAGCCGCAAUAAAAAUUGAAGUAAUGUUUUAUUUUUUAUUCAUAUUAUUAUUUUUGUGACGUUUUGGACCGUUGUUUGUCACCUCCCCCCUUUUGGGGUCAUUAUCCCUGCCGUUUAGGGUUUUUAUAUUUGCUCCUCUGGUUCCACUUAUGAGUGCAAUCCAACCCCGUUUCCCCCCGCCCAGCUUGUCUGUCCAAAAAAAUGUCUGUUAUCUCUCCAGUUUAUUUGAUUGAAUUCUUUCUCCUUUUGGCCGUCGACAUUUGACGGCUGAAAGAAAAGAAGAAGAAACCCAUGAGGCUAUUUAAUUCCUUUUGUAAACUAGGUGCUCUCUAUCUUUUUCUUCCUCUCUCUCUCUCUCUCUGUCUCUCUCUCUGUCUUCUAUUUUAUCAUUUUUCCCUUUUGGCAUAGCAAGCGGGAGAGAGAGAGAGAGAGAGAGAAUAUAUGAACGUGGUCAACCAACCGUCACAUCCAAAGUAUUAUGCUGCGAAUUGGGACGAGGGAAAAUGUCGCAACGUUUUCUUAUUUUGGGCAGGUGUUCUUCUUUUAAUUUAUCUUAUUGCCAUCCACACUCCUUUAAAUGAAAGCCGGUGAUUUUUUGUUGCUAUCGUUUCGAACAAAUUGAAAUGGGGGAGGGAAAACAAAUUAGCCGCUUGGAAAAUCCGCAACCCAGUGAUGCCAGGCAGAAAUAUAUAUAUAUUUUUUUAUUUUACUUUUUAAUUUAAUGUUUUUGUUUUUUUGAAUUUUAAAUUUCUGAACAGAAUCUCUCUUUUUUUUUUGGGGGGGGUAUUUCGUCGUUCAAUAAGAAAAAAGAGGCAACUACUUGGCAAUAAUAAUCAUUUUAAAAGGUUUAUAUUGGUUAAUGUUUAUUGUCGGGAUAUUUUGUUUUCGGUCAUUUUUUAUGCAACUGGAAUUGACUCACCGGAUGAUUCCCUACUCCCAAAGCCGCACAGUGUCACGUUCAUUCAUAACUUUCGGUUUUUCUUUUUUAUUUGUUUUUCUUUUUUUCAAGGCGGUUAUCUCCUGCUUUUACUUAGUUUAGUUCUUUUUCAACAUCUAUGUUCUUGUUAUUUUUCUAUAAAUUUUAAAUUUGAAGUCCUAAUUUUCUUCUUUCUUCUUUUGCUCUCCGAUUUCAAUUCCUCUGCUGUCUCUAUCUAUUUUUUUCAUUACACCUUUAAAAAAAUAAUUGUCAACAAACUAGAAUGAUGUAUGGGAGGGACUUUGCAAUCGUAUGGGGUUCCCAAAUAUGUGCCAUUUUUUUUUUUUACGAAAAAAGGAAAGAAAAAAGACGAUAAACAUUUGAUCAAAGGGCGACUAGUGUGGAAAACAAGAGAAUCCCCGUCUUUUUUGUAUCAAAGUACGAAAGAGCAACAUUUCGAGUGCCUUGACAUUGUUUUCUCUCGAAUCCUUUUUCUUUUUCUUUCAUAUCAAAUUUCGUAAAUUUUAAAGUUCCGGUGGUCUUGAUCGUUGCUCGAUUCCAACCUAUCACACGCAAACACACACAAUCGUGCAUAGUUCUUUUUUGCCCUAUUUCCUUCUUUGUUUAGUUUGAUAGCUUAUUAUAUUUCUAAUUUUCUCUCUCGGGUUUAUUGCCGGAAAACUAUUAAGGAAUUUGUGUUAACAUUUGCCCCCCUUUUUUUUUUCCUCCUCUUUUAAUCAGAAUUUCAUUUCAAUUGCAUUUUUUAUCGAUGCCGUUUGGGAGGUUUCAGGUGCAAUGGUUUAAUUUCCUUUUUUAAUUCACUUGAUUUUUAUAUUUGCUGGGAUGGGUAGACGAGAAAAAAAUGAAGGUCUUCUCUCCCCUUUUAAUUUUAUUUUCCAAUAAACUAAUCUCUGCUAGAAAUUUGCCGCUCUAUAAUAAUAUUCUUCUUUUUUUUUAUUUUAUUUUAUUUUUUUUAUUUUUCCUGCUCUUUUCCUUUAAAAACAACUCCCGCACCCCUAAGAAUAGUAAGAAAUAAGAAUUGUUUUGUUUUGUUUUAUACAUAAAUAUGGGUUGGAAACAGUGUACAUAUCACAAUAAUGUACCGUGACUGACUUAUCCCUGUUUUUUUUGGGGAGGGGGAGAUCUUGUGUGUGUGCGCGUCCCGUUUGAAGUAAAGAAAAGUUCGCCGUUCGCUCGAGAGUGAGAAACUAAAUAAUCUUGUGAACCCAAAUCAUUUCAUUUGCCCAUCCCUGGUUUUUCUCUUCCCAUUUGAAAACGUGUCUGUUGACUUGACCUUCUCCGUGUUGUGAUUUUAGCCAUAGUGAUGUGCAGCCAAACCCACCGUAUGUUUCCCCCUUUCCAUUAUUAUUAUUAUUAUUAUUUUUGGUUUUUUAAUUUUAUUUUCGCCCCGUCAAAAAACGAAGAACCACCGAACGCACCACCACAAUCUUCCGAUCCAUCCGUCUGACCCCGCCCUCCCCGAUCGAAUUGCUCAGCCAGUUUUAUUUUGCAUCGGCUAAACUGAGCUCUCUUAUAUUAUUUUUCUCAAUCCGCAGCUCCUUAAGAAAUUCCCCGACUUUCUUCUCUGAAAACAUUCUCUCUUGCUAAAUUAUAAUCACAACAUUUUUAUGGGGAUUUUUCAUGUUCGUUUAUAUGUUCAUUUGUUCGUUGGUUUCCGUCCGCCUUUUCGAGGCGGAGAUGAAAAAUUAGAGGUGAAGAAGAAGUAAUAAUAAUAUGAUGCAUUUUUCUCUCUCUCUCUGUGUGUGUGUGUGUGUGUGUUUGAUGCAAACGUGGAAAUAAAAUUCACCAGGUUGUUA